CGUACAUCCUAGGCAGCGAUUUGCACCCGGAGCAGGAUCAAAGAUGGCGGGAGCCCGCGACCCGCUGGAGGACAUGCUCCUGACGGAGGUGGACGAGGCGGCCGUCAGCGACCUGCUAGGGGACCUGGAGUCCCGGCUGGGUGACGCCUCCGCAGUCUCCUUCUCUGCCAGGAAGCGGGACGCGGCCGCCGCACAACUCUCAGGAAAAGCGCGGGAUCAAGCGGGAGCCGUGGAGCCGCAACAAGGGCGUCCAAGCGCGGGCUCGAGCCGGGCACCGGGCACCGGUGAGCCGCCACCUUCCUCCUCUUCCGCUCCUGCGGUGGGAGCGGGCCUGCAGGCGGAACGACCGACUUCUCCCGCUGUUCCGUCCGGACCCGGACCUGUAACCGCCGAUGGCUUCCACCGAGCCGCGGCUCCCGGCUCUGUCCCGGCGGAUGAGGCGGCACGCUCAUCCCCCUCCGGGGUGCAGACUUCAGCGGGUUCCGUGAAGUUACCGAACUCUACCGCAGUCUCGGAACCUGCGAGUCCCGGUACCGUCACCCCGACUUCGCAGGUACCUCAGACCACGGCGUGCCCCCCCUUAACGAGCCCACAGCGUAACCACAUCCCGGCGACCAGCAUGGGCCACAACGGAGUGGACCCGAAGGGCGCCCCCACCGCGUCCGGCGCUGCCUCUCAGGUCGUGAACCACAGCGUUCCUCUGAUGCCUCCUAAGAUGCCCCCUCCCGCAGCUGCAGUCCACCCUGAAGUUGGCCAGCCCCCCAGAGUCCAGCCUGCUGUGAACGGGCUGGUGCAGCCCGCCACGUCCCCCGUGAGGACUCCUCUUCCCGGGGCCCCCGCCGCCAUCCAGCCGCAGAAAGCUGCACUAGUGGCUGGUGUGACCCGGGCUGCGGCCCCCCAGCUGACCGUUCGGCCCCAGCAGCAGCAGCAGGCCACCAUCCAGCUGCCCCCUGGCUUCACCAUCCCUCCAGGAAUGGUUUUGGUCCGAACUGAAACCGGUCAGCUGAUCUUGGUCCCACAGCAGGUUCUGGCUCAGGCACAAGUCAAGCCACAUCAGGGUCAGACGACGGUUGCUCAGAGACCGAUGACUCCCACGGCAACUCCUCCUAUCCGGGUCAGCACCGCCACCACAGUGGCAGCACCCGCCCAGACCAUCCGCCUGGCCUCCCCAGUUCAGCCCAGGAUGGCUCAGUCUCCGUCUACCACCGCUGUUCAGGCCCUCACGGUGGCGCCGGGCAGUUCUGUGGUGUCUGUGAAGAUGAGCACGCCUCAGAAGACCCAGGCUGGAAUGGCAGCAGGAGGGGUCCCUCCAGUCGAGCCCCCUGUGACCGCAGGUGCCCCCCCUGCCACUGCACCCAGCGCCAGAGUCACUGUUAUCUCGCAGGAGAUGCAGGAGAAUGUCAAGAAGUGCAAGAACUUCCUUGCGACACUCAUCAAGCUGGCAUCCCAUAAUUCCCCCUCCCCUGAGACCGCCAAGAAUGUGAAAUCCCUGGUCCAGGACCUGCUUGACGCAAAGAUUGAGCCCGAAGAGUUUACAUCCCGGCUGCAGGCCGAUCUGAAGUCCUCCCCUCAGCCCUACCUCAUCCCCUUCCUCAAGAAAAGCCUUCCCGCCCUGAGGCAGACGCUGCUCAACAGUCAGCAGUUCCUGACCCCAGUUCCACCUGUUACCUCCACCCCUACACCUGCUGCUCCAGGAGCCAUAGCUGCAACUGCCAUCCGGCCACGGCUGCCCACUGCUGCCACAGGGGGCGCUGUCCGCCUGAACCCGCCCAUAGCAAACACCACAACUCUGGCAACAGUUCGCCCAGGAGCUCAGAUGCUGCAGACUCGAUCACCUGUGGUCAUCGGUCAUCAGCUCAGACAUCCAGUGACGCUCCUGCGAGGACCUCUGUGCACGACCGGCAAAGGCCCCGUCAGCCUGGCAGCUUCAGCCAAUCAGAAAAAGCAGUGUGAUCCUGGGGGUGGGACCUUCAGAGAUGACGACGACAUCAAUGACGUGGCAUCGAUGGCCGGGGUCAACCUGAACGAGGAGAACGCUCGUAUCCUAGCAACCAGCUCCGAGAUUGUGGGCACAAAGAUCCGGUCUUGUAAAGACGAGUCUUUCCUGCCCGCUGACGUGCUGCACCGCCGCAUCCUGGACACAGCCAGGAAGCUGGGUGUGACCGAGGUGCCGGUGGACGUGGUGAAUGUCGUCUCCCACGCCACCCAGUUCCGGCUGCGCUCGCUGCUGGAGAAGGUUUCUGUGGUGGCCCAGCACCGCGCCGACGCCGUGAGGGACGAGGAGCUGUACGAACAGACGUCUGACGUGCGCGCUCAGCUGCGUUUCUUCGAGCAGCUGGAGCGACUAGAGAAGCAGCGGAAAGACGAGCAGGAGCGCGAGAUUCUGCUGAAGGCGGCCAAGAGCCGAGCCCGUCAAGAGGAUCCGGAGCAGGCGCGGCUCAAGCAGAAGGCCAAAGAGAUGCAGCAGCAGGAGCUGGCUCAGAUGAGACAGAGAGACGCAAACCUCACAGCUCUCGCCGCCAUAGGACCACGCAAGAAACGCAAGCUGGACAGCGUGGGCGGAGCUGUUUCUGGUAGUGAGGUUUCCUCAGGUUCGGGGUUGUUGGGAAGCCCCUCCCCCCGCCAGCAGCUUCGCCAGCGGAUCACUCGGGUAAACCUCAGGGAUUUCAUCCUGUGUCUGGAGCAGGACCGCAGCACGGCGCGCUCCAUGGCGCUCUACAAGGCUCUACUGAAGUGAGGAGCUCGGCCGUCAGCGCGCCUCCUGAGAGACUUCCUGAUGGAUGGCAUGAGGGGAUCGUUUAUGCUCACCAAGACGGUCUGGAGUUAGCCACACGAGCUCAUGACGCAUGUAGACAGGAAGUGAUGUCACUGACUGAUGGGAGCAUCUUCAUUCACGUCGGCGGUUUCAAACUGGAACAUUGUUUGAAGUGGUUGUCCUGCUCGUCGUGGCGUGGAGGGAACUAGCGGUCAAAGUCAAACCUCAAACUCGUCAUCCGCUCUGCCUGCAUGCAGGUGGGACAGGCAUUAAGCUGCUAACGCCUCUCAUUGGUCACCGGCUCCUCCCCCUCUACAGGAAGUGCCGACCCUCCCCAAGAGUGGGGGCGUUUGCUCGUUCUUGUGCUCUCCGGAGACCCUCAUCUGAUGGUUGGUCCAUGAGCAGUGGUGGAUUCUCAGAGAUGAAAUGAUGGAUCGUUUUAGUAAACAGGAAGUAGCCGGGUCAUGUGACAUUCCCUCACAGACCCCGCCCCCAGCAGGCGGCUCUGACAUUCCUCUUCGCCGUGGUUGCAAUGAGCCCAUCCUGCUGCUUAACUCUGGUUGUCCAGAUCAGAUGAGAUUUUUAAGGUUUUUACCCCUUUAAUGUUUUAGACUGUAAAGGUCUCCUGGCUCGGCUCGGCUCAGAUCGGCCUAAGGACUUUAUUUAUAUUUGCUGUCUGGUGGAUUUGAUGCUCCACAGGCACUUUUUCAGCAGUUUGUAUCUUUGCAAUAAAAGACAGAAAGUGUC